CAUACCAUAAGUCCCCAUGCUGCAGGAGGUGCAUGCUGGCUCCACUGACGGGGAAAUAAAACAUCAAACAAUAAAACAUCUGCAGCAGGUGUUUUUCUGCUGAGGCCAACAGGAUGUCCUGCUCCUGCUGCUGCUGUGUGAGUCCCAGCGGAGAGCUGCUGGACGGUGUCAGGAAGAAGGAGCGGCUCAUGAGACUGCAGCAAGAGGAGGAAGAAGAGGAGAGCAGAAGGAGCAUGGACAUCUCUCUGCUCAGAGAACAGUACAGGUGCACCAGGGAGACACAGAAGAGACACACUCAGGUGCUCCUGUUUAGGACAGUAUCGGAAGAACUGUCCGAGGCUGUCAGCAUCAUCCCUGUCCCUCAGGGUUUGACGUCACCUUGGGAACCAAACAGCAGCUCGCCACCGCCAGCUGUAACCUUUAACCCUGACCCUACAACCUGCGACCCCUGGAACGUCCAACUGGGCCUCCACCGGCACUGCUGUCCCCGUGUCACCGCACAGCAGCUCAUAGCUUCCCCGGAAACAACAAACACCAACAGUUCCUCCCAACAUUCAUCGUCUUCCUGUGAGUCUGUCAGCAGAAAACUCUUUGUGGACUUGACAUCUGAUUCUCCAUGUAGCUCCAUCUGCAGCACCAAAGAAGAAGUUCCCUCUGACACGUCAAGAGUAGACACAGAGAAUAUGGAUCCUGUCCAACUUCAUGUCUCUGGUUCACUCGACGCUGCAGAGCAACAUACCAGAGAUGGAUCCAAAGGGGAGCGUUCUGCUGGCUCCUUCAGUGAUCCUCGGGAGUUUUCAGCCACCGGCUCUGAUGAAAGCUCCACCCCCGUCGCCUCCAUCAGCUACUCCCCGAGCAGCUCCAUCACCAGCCUGCAUGAGGACUUGAAGGAGCACCAGUCUGCUGAUAGAACAACCGGUAACGUCGUCCCACAGACUGGCAGCACCUCGUCCGCUUGGAGGGGCUCCAGGAAGUUUUCGGCCCCAGCCCUCAGGUUUGCCAGGCAGUUUAGUGUAGGAGGGGUGGGGUCCUCUGCCAAGGUCCACCACCCGUUUCCCAAUAGGAAGGCCCCAAGGAUCUCUGAGGCUGCCCGGAGGCUGGGGAUGUACUCGUCCUUCUGAGAGUCUCGUCGAGUCCACGUCGAGCAGCCAGUCCGUGUUAUGGUGUCCUUUUUCUCUUAAGUGUUCAUUUAUCAUCAAAAACUAAUGGGAAAUAAUGAAAAUAUGGCUGAUAUUAACAAAUACCAGUCAAUAAAUGUAAUUAUGUUAUCAGUGACAAAAUUGGAUUUGAGUUAUGUUAAUUUGCAACAGAGGCGGUCAUUUCCCAGUCUGGAUUCAGGCCCCAUCACAGCACAGAGACUGCUCUUAUAAAGGUUUUAAAUGACAUUCAUCUCAGCAAAGAUUCUUGUAAAGUAUCUUUUCUUGUGUUACUGGACCUUACUGCAGGGGUGGAUCUACUGGGGUGGCAUAGGGUGACAGCUGCCACCGCUAAAAAAUACCUUGCCACCCCACCUGCACCAAGUUUUAGACUAUCUCAUUUUAAAAAUGUGUAUACAUAUAUAUCAGGGUUUAUCAGGGUUUUCCCAGUCUAUCUAAGACAAGGCAGGCUGCCUGGCUGAUUUUGGCCGCCGCCUUGGUUAAUGCGUGUGUGUGUGUGCAUGGGGGCGUUCAGAUGUAGCAUCUUUUGCACGCACAAACCCAUUACUUUCAAUGUAGAUGCGCGUCAUGCAUGCUCACAACCCAAAGCAACGCCGUAGCGGCGCACAUUCGGUGCGCUUGUAACUGGCUGAGAGAAAAUAUCUAUAGCAUAAACUUGACUUUGAGGUUAAUUUUCACAGCAAUUUCACUACUACUAUUCCUAAUUCUAUUUCAAAAUUUUGCUUUGCACAUAUUUUUUUUAAUCUUUAUUGCCACAAUAGAAAGAGCGGGGUCAG